CCAUGCUCCGCCGCUCGCACUGGCAGCUCCGCGCCGUUUCAUUGACAAACGCCCCGCACUGUGCCAUCUCCACUGCUGCAUUUGUGUCACGGACCACGAAGAGGAUCAGAGGGGCACUGACAGAGGAGGGACAGACAGCUGCAGUGAAAGGAGACAACGGAAGCACAGUGUAGAGCGCGCUGUAAGCUGUUGAUUCGUGCCUUGAACCCCACUGGAUCAACGUGUCUCCCUCACGCGCUCUCCCGGGACAGGCACGAGAGUGAGGGGCAGCUCCUGGACCCCUGCGGGGUACCUUAGUGGAUUUGUUUCAGGACUUCCAUGAACCGGACGCACCGAUGGAGGAGACCGAGACUGCAGCGGCUGCGUGUCUGAUGCGAACUGAGCUGUGGGCGGCGUAGACCCCCGCCCUGCACCCCUCUGUUCCCGCCGUAGCCUGCACGCUCCAGCGGCAACAUGUCCCGGGCAGCGGCCAUCGCCAGCUCGCUCAUUCGCCAGAAGCGGCAGGCUCGGGAGCGUGAGAAGCAGAACCAGUGCCGCGGCAGCGGCAGCCCCAGCAACAGCAAAGGCGCCAACGACAAGCCCAGCAAACUCAAUGUGUUCUCACGGGUCAAACUAUUCGGCUCGAGGAAGAAACGGAAGAGGAAGCGACCUCCAGAGCCCCAGCUGAAGGGGAUAGUGACCAGGCUCUCCAGUCGACAGGGCUUCCAGCUGCAGAUGCAACCGGACGGCACCAUCGACGGCACCAAGGACGAGGACAGCACCUACGCUGUCUUCAACCUCAUUCCUGUAGGCCUUCGAGUGGUGGCGAUCCAAGGCGUCCAAACCAAGCUCUACCUGGCGAUGAACAAUGAAGGCUUCCUCUACACCUCGGAGCAUUUCACGCCCGAGUGUAAGUUUAAGGAGUCUGUGUUUGAGAACUAUUACGUCACCUACUCGUCCAUGAUGUACCGGCAGCAGGCGUCGGGACGGGCCUGGUACCUGGGACUCAACAAAGAGGGACAGAUCAUGAAGGGGAAUCACGUGAAGAAGAACAAGGCCGCAGCACACUUCAUCCCCAAACCACUCAAAGUUGCCAUGUACAGAGAGCCAUCCCUCCACGACCUCACGGAGCUGUCUCGAUCCGGAUCCGGGACGCCCACGAAAAGCCGCAGCGCCUCCGCUCUUCUGAACGGAGGAGGGAAGUCCCCCAGCAACAAUGACUUAUCCUAGCCUUCAACCUCCCCCCUCCCCAUUUACAUUCAACACAUCCAAACACACAACUUCCAUACGUUCGCGAGCUGCACAUCGAUCUCAGGAGAGGAAAAAUUAUUCGGAGAAAUGGGACGACGACCGGAGCGCGAUCUUCCACUUAACGGAGAACCACUGUGACUGACUUUGAUGUAAAUAUAAACUACUAUACGGACAAUCAAACUUUCUCUCUGCUCCUCGGCUUCGAAACGCCUGGGAUUGUAACUUGUACGAUAACGCAAGGACAAAGCUAGUCAGUCACACAGAUAAUGAUCCACAAAAGACUGUUACCGAGAACCAAAGAGCUCAGUAUUAUAACACUAUAGAUUUCAGAAAGGUUUGUGCCGAAAAGUUAAAGGACAUCGGGAUCGAAACUACUUCUACUACUACUACUACCGUUACUGCGAUGUUUACACAGAGCUAUUGGGGUAUUAUUUUUAAGUAUUCCUUGUAAACUUAUUGGGAGUUUGCAUGCAGGCGUGAAUGAAACCUGUUUGAAGACUGAGAGAGUGAGCGCGUGCAAGUACCGGGAGUGCGUUUUCACUUUUUAACAAAUUCAGUUGUAUAUCAAGAUUACCGAGGGCUUUCGCAAGUUCAAUUGUAUAUGCUUCCGUGUUACUUCUUCUUACAAUGUUUAAAUUUACCGUUGUGUCACUUUUGCUGUAUGUUCGUUCGUAUGUUGUUGCAUGGACCUCAGUAGCAGCAUGCCAGAGGGUCAGAUUUUGCCGGAAAAAGGUUGCGUCUUGACGAGCGACCGGUCAAGACAGUAGUUUUAAAGGUUGUCAUAGCACUGCAGGUCCAUAGUAAAACGCACCAUAAUGAUUUAGUGUGGACCGAUGCUAUAGGACCAGGAGCCGCUUUGGUGGUAAAAACUUAGGAGCACAGUUACUUACAACAGUUUAAUAUUUUCGGUUCAUGCUGUGGACAACUAGAAAUGCACUAAAUAAAUUGUUUGUAAAGAAAUGAG